AUGUCUCCUAUACGCCAAUUGAGACCGUCUUCUGCAGCAGUGGCGCUGCUGUCUUUGACAGGCGCAUUGUGGCCAACCAGCGCACUUGCGGGGAACACAAAUGACAACAACGAAGGAUACAAACUGAGAGAGGACAUCCCAGUCACUGACAAUCUCGGUAAACUCCAAUAUGUCCCCUUCGUGACCUGCAACGAAACCGCCCGCCCUCUCUCUCUCCACUACGGCAUCUCCGAAACAAUAACAUGCACCAUCGACUCCCUCUCCGAUGAGCUAUACCAUCUCCUCGAGUUCUAUGUUCACUCAGAUGUACCAAUGACCUGCCGCGUGCCAACAGCGCCUCUAACACCAUCUGCCGGCGCAGCAGCACACACGGACAAAGACUCAGACCAGAAGUCAGGAGAAGCAGACACCCUCUCUGCACUAGCCGACAAUGGGCCACCCUUCACACCGCUCACAAUCGCGCUGCAGGGUACGCUCCAGCUGAGCCAUUUACAUAUCUGGACGGAUAUGAACGUCGUGAUGCACAACAUGGCCUCGGACGCGGCUGCAGAACAAAACACCAAGACCAGAGCCGGCCAGUCUGGACAGCCCGGUUUCGUGGUGGGCGGUAUUGCAUACUCAACUCCCGAGUUCGACAAUACCGGCAAGAAUGCCAAGCUCGACGAGGACGAGGAGUCUGUUGCUCUUGCUCAGGCGGCGCGCGAGCCUUGGACUGCUGGACACGGCACUAAGGUCGUGCGUGGGGAGCCGCUUACCUUCUCUUUCCACGUUGCGUGGCUGGAGGGCGGUGCCAGCAUUGGAUGGCCGGUCCGACCUGCUUUGGAGUCGUGGCUGGCUUUGGCGACUGGGUCUGGGAAGAGCUCUGGAUCUUUAUUCUCUAAGCUGGUGUUCUUUGUCAUGGCAGCUUCUGUUGGCGCUUUGGUUGCAUUGUUCUGGGAGCGCAAAGGUGGCCGUGGGCGGACCACUUGGCAUGGAGAUGGGCUUUUGGGUGGGACUCCCGCGCGUGGAGCGAAGGGCCCUGGUGUUGUCUUUGGCAAUGGGGGAAAGAAUAAUGGGUACGGUGGUUAUUCUGGCUCCCCUAAUGGCAAUGGGAAUGGGAACGGGGUUGGAAGUGGAUAUGGAUUCCCAAGUGGGAAGAGGGACUGA